GAAGCAUACUUCUUGCAGUUACACAACUAUUGAUGGUUACUGCUAAAGAAAACUUGGCGGAAGUCUCCAUUUAGCGGCAUGACGGUGUGGCGUUCUUCCUUUUCCUGCCGAGGUCGCCAUCCCGCGCGUGUGGCGCCGAGGAGUUGCGACAAUGGCUUGUGCUCGUCCACUGAUAACGGUGUACAGUGACAAGGGGGAGAAAUCUGGCAAAAAUGUGGUUAUGCCUGCAAUUUUCAAGGCCCCCAUCCGGCCAGAUAUUGUGAACUUUGUUCACACAAACUUGCGCAAAAAUAACAGACAGCCAUAUGCCGUGAGUGCAGAUGCAGGUCACCAGACCAGUGCUGAGUCAUGGGGUACAGGCAGAGCUGUGGCUCGUAUUCCCCGUGUUCGGGGUGGUGGUACUCAUCGAUCUGGCCAAGGUGCCUUUGGAAAUAUGUGCCGUGGUGGUCGCAUGUUUGCUCCCACCAAGACUUGGCGGCGUUGGCACCGCCGGGUGAAUAUAACCCAGAAGCGAUAUGCCAUCUGCUCUUCUCUAGCUGCAUCUGCUCUCCCUGCUCUGGUGAUGUCAAAAGGUCACCGUAUUGAGGAAAUCCCAGAGCUCCCACUGGUGGUUGAAGAUAAAAUUGAGAGCUACAAAAAGACAAAGGAGGCUGUUAUGAUGUUAAAAAAACUGAAGGCCUGGAAUGAUAUAAAGAAGGUUUAUGCUUCCCAGCGUAUGCGUGCUGGCAAAGGUAAAAUGAGGAACCGUCGUCGUAUCCGGCGCAAGGGCCCAUGCAUUAUCUACAAUGAAGAUAAUGGUGUUGUAAGAGCUUUCAGGAAUAUCCCAGGUAUAACUCUUCUCAAUGUCAACAAAUUAAAUGUCCUGAGACUUGCUCCUGGUGGCCACGUAGGACGAUUCUGCAUCUGGACAGAGAGUGCCUUCCGUAAGCUGGAUGAGUUGUAUGGAACAUGGCGCAAACCUUCAAAAUUGAAGAUUGGAUACAACCUUCCCAUUCACAAGAUGACUAACACAGAUCUGAGCCGCAUCUUGAAGAGUCAGGAAAUCCAGAAAGCUCUUCGUCCUCCAAACAAAAAGAUUCAACGCAGGGUACUGAAGAAGAACCCACUGAAGAACUUGAGGAUCAUGGUGAAACUGAACCCUUAUGCCAAGACUGCACGACGCCGUGCAAUUCUCCUGCAAGAAAAGAACCGCAAUGUCAAGCUGGAGAAGAAGCAAAAGGCAGCAGCAUAAAUGCAAAUCCUCCGAUUUACAGGCAUGCGUUCUUACAUCACUGUAUGGUAUCCAUCAAAAUAAAUCUAUUUAAAAAUGA